CCCCUUCACAACCACUGAAGCUUCUGGAGAGUAAAUUGAGAUUUUAGGGUUUCUGCAAAAACAGCAACAGCCGAACAACAUAACCGAGAAAGAUGAUUUACGACGUGUAUUCACCUCUCUUCAGAUCCUUCCUCAGCCAGAAAGGAGGAGCGGAUAAAAGGAGAAUGGAAGACCAGCCUAAACAGCAGAGACCAAAGGCCAACGAGAAUAAGCCUGUGAUGAAUGAGUAAUGAACAAGUAGUAACAAGUACAGAAGUAUGUGAUACACAUGAAGGAUGUAGUAAUUUUUUUUCCUUCUUUUUGGAUUCUACAAUAGCUAAAACAGUAUCUAUUUUGUGUCUGGAUUUUUAUGUUGGUGUUUUGUAAUAGACCCUCUCUGGAUUCAUGGCCUUAAAAGUGAAUGCUUGGUAAUGUAGUUCCAACUUUGGUCAUUAAGUACAGUCUGAGUGCUUGUGCUUCUUGAAUCCUUUAAUUUUCGUUGCGGUAUUAUUUCAGAGCAGCAUGUCUUAGAAGUUGUUCCACUUCUAUGAUGUUGAAGAAAAAAUAAUUAUGGCACAGAUGUUUCACUGGUUAACGCUAAA